AUGGCGAAAUGCUCACCAGGAGAUUCCGCAUCUUUCCCCACGGCCAUCCACCUGCGUUACAACGGCAGCCUCACCGCUAUGCUGCAACACAUCACCUCUCGUGCCCUCGAUGUCUUUCACACCCCAACCCUUCUCCACCCCUUCAACCCCUCUCCACCCUGCUCCACCGCUCUCCACGCCCGCUACACCAGCCUUAUCAUAGCCUCGGCCAUCCACCUGCGCUACAACGGCAGCAGCACCGCCAUGCUGCAUCACAUCGCCCACCAACUCUCUACUGACUGGCAUCCCCUCAUUCUUGAGGAAGCCGUUUCCAUCCCUCUCCACCCUUCUCCACCGCUUUACAUCAGCCUUAUCAUAGCCUCGGCCAUCCACCUGCGCUACAACGGCAGCAGCACCGCCAUGCUGCAUCACAUCGCCCACCAACUCUCUACUGACUGGCAUCCCCUCAUUCUUGAGGAAGCCGUUUCCAUCCCUCUCCACCCUUCUCCACCGCUUUACAUCAGCCUUAUCAUAGCCUCGGCCAUCCACCUGCGCUACAACGGCAGCAGCACCGCCAUGCUGCAUCACAUCGCCCACCAACUCUCUACUGACUGGCAUCCCCUCAUUCUUGAGGAAGCCGUUUCCAUCCCUCUCCACCCUUCUCCACCGCUUUACAUCAGCCUUAUCAUAGCCUCGGCCAUCCACCUGCGCUACAACGGCAGCAGCACCGCCAUGCUGCAUCACAUCGCCCACCAACUCUCUACUGACUGGCAUCCCCUCAUUCUUGAGGAAGCCGUUUCCAUCCCUCUCCACCCUUCUCCACCGCUUUACAUCAGCCUUAUCAUAGCCUCGGCCAUCCACCUGCGCUACAACGGCAGCAGCACCGCCAUGCUGCAUCACAUCGCCCACCAACUCUCUACUGACUGGCAUCCCCUCAUUCUUGAGGAAGCCGUUUCCAUCCCUCUCCACCCUUCUCCACCGCUUUACAUCAGCCUUAUCAUAGCCUCGGCCAUCCACCUGCGGUACAACGGCAGCAGCACCGCCAUGCUGCAUCACAUCGCCCGCCAACUCUCUACUGACUGGCAUCCCCUCAUUCUUGAGGAAGCCGUUUCCAUCCCUCUCCACCCUUCUCCACCGCUUUACAUCAGCCUUAUCAUAGCCUCGGCCAUCCACCUGCGGUACAACGGCAGCAGCACCGCCAUGCUGCAUCACAUCGCCCACCAACUCUCUACUGACUGGCAUCCCCUCAUUCUUGAGGAAGCCGUUUCCAUCCCUCUCCACCCUUCUCCACCGCUUUACAUCAGCCUUAUCAUAGCCUCGGCCAUCCACCUGCGCUACAACGGCAGCAGCACCGCCAUGCUGCAUCACAUCGCCCACCAACUCUCUACUGACUGGCAUCCCCUCAUUCUUGAGGAAGCCGUUUCCAUCCCUCUCCACCCUUCUCCACCGCUUUACAUCAGCCUUAUCAUAGCCUCGGCCAUCCACCUGCGCUACAACGGCAGCAGCACCGCCAUGCUGCAUCACAUCGCCCACCAACUCUCUACUGACUGGCAUCCCCUCAUUCUUGAGGAAGCCGUUUCCAUCCCUCUCCACCCUUCUCCACCGCUUUACAUCAGCCUUAUCAUAGCCUCGGCCAUCCACCUGCGCUACAACGGCAGCAGCACCGCCAUGCUGCAUCACAUCGCCCACCAACUCGCCUCCGACUGGCGCCCCCUCAUCCCUGCCUGGGCCUCCUGCCCUGGAGACGUUUUUUCUCAUGCUGCUGCUGCUGCUGCUGCUGCUGCUGCUGCUGCUGCUGCUGCUGCUGCUGCUGCUGCUGCUGCUGCUAGUGUUUCUUGUGCUUCUGAUGAUGCUGAAGUCUCAUCGCAUCUUUCUCCUGCUCAGGCUGCUGCCUGUCCAGCCGUGUAA